AACUUGACCCGUUGGCAGCCGCGGCCAUGGCGGCGCGUUCGCCGCCCCCGCCGCUCCCUACCCCCCAGGCGCGACAGUCGGGCCCCUGGUCCCUGCAUGUUGUGCAGGGAACCAAGGUCCACGCAGUGUGCAGCGAGGCCUUGGGUCUUGCAGGCGCUGGGAGGGAGGUCGUCGCGGGCAAAAGUGAUGUGUCCUGGCGGGGCGAAGAGGGGUCGGGGGGCCGGCGAGGGGGCGCGGCGGCGGCUCAGGCUCCCCUCCUCAGCGCGCCUAUGGCGUCCGGGCGGCUUGAGGGCAUCUCGGUAGAGGAGGCGAUGGCGACUCGGACGCAGCUACUGGAGGAAGAGUUGAGCAGCCUAAAGGAGGAGCUGGCCCUGUGUCAGGCUGAUAAAGAAUUUGUUUGGUCUUUGUGGAAACGUCUCCAGGUGACAAACCCAGAUCUCACACAAGCAGUCAGUUUGGUUGUGGAAAGAGAAAAACAGAAAGCUGAAGCUAAAGACAGAAAAAUUCUUGAAAUUUUGCAAGUCAAGGAUGCCAAAAUACAAGAACUAGAACAGAGAGAAGCAGGACUAAAACAGGAAAUAAAUGACCUUGCAAAAUGGAAGAUUGCAGUAGAUGAAGAAAAUGCUCUCUUAAGGAAUGAAUUCAGUGACUUGCAGAAGAAAUUUAAAGAUAAAAGUCAUGAACUUAAGGACGCUAAGGAGUGUGUACAGAAUAAGGAAGAGCAAAACAGUCUGGUUAUAAAAAAUCUGGAGGAGGAAAAUGAGAAAUUAAGUACACACUGCGCUGACUUGCUAAAUGACCUGGAGAAACUGAGGACGCAGGAAGCACAUUGGAGAAAAGAAAAAUACAGCAUUGAUGCAAAAAUAAAGGCAUUUGAAGAAAAUUUAAUUGAAGCAAGGAAAGAAAUUGAAGUGUCACAGAGUAAAUACAAUGCCCUGUCAUUACAACUGAAUAAUAAACAAUCUGAACUUAUCCAGAAAGAUAUGGAUAUUACCCUGGUAAGGAAGGAGCUGCAGGAGCUGCAGAAUCUUUACAAGCAGAACAGUGCACAUACAGCCCAGCAGGCAGAGCUGAUCCAGCAGCUUCAGGUUCUCAACAUGGACACACAGAAAGUCCUGAGAAAUCAGGAAGAUGUGCACACAGCCGAAAGUAUAUCAUAUCAAAAAAAGCGUACUCAGUCUAAGUCCCUGAAAAUUAAAGACUUGGAUUAUUGGAUCCCAUUUCUGGAGCUUUACAAUGAGUUACAUAUUUGUUUUGAAACCACAAAAUCAAGUGAAGCUAAUCUCCGUCAAAGUGUUGUUAAUCUUCAGGAUCAGCUGUUUCAAAUGGAACAAGAGAAUGCUAAAUUGAAAGAAAAACUUCAGGAAUCCCAAGGAACAACUUAUCCUUUACCUCAAGAAAGCGAUUCAGACCACUCACAACAGGUAUCUCAAUGGCCAUCUUUAUCGAGCUUAGAAACCUUAAUGGUGUCCCAGAAAUCUGAAAUAGAGUAUUUAGAAGGGAAACUGAAAAUAGCAAAUGAAAAACUGUCAGAAAACAGAUCUACCAACAAGGGUUUCUCAGGCAGCGUCGUAGCAAGUGCUGAAGGAAAACAUAAGGAACCACCUGUGAAACGUUCAAGGUCUUUGUCCCCAAAGAGCUCUUUUACAGACUCAGAGUUGUUAAGGAAGCUGAGGAAGGCUGAAAGAAAGAUUGAAAACUUAGAGAAGACACUACAACUGAAGAGCCAAGAAAAUGAUGAGCUAAGAGAUGCCCACGAAAGACGCAAGGAAAGGCUACAGAUGUUACAGACCAACUACAGAGCAGUGAGAGAGCAGCUGAAACAGUGGGAGGAAGGCAGCGGCAUGACUGAUAUCAGAAAAAUCAAGAGAGCAUAUCCCCAGCAACUUCGACAAGAAGAUUCUGAUGCCGUAUGGAAUGAACUGGCAUAUUUCAAAAGGGAGAACCAGGAGCUAAUUAUCGAAAAAAUGAAUCUUCAAGAAGAAUUGGAUAAACUUAAAGUACAUAUAUCUAUUGAUAAGGCAACAAUACAAGAAUUAAAUGCAUGUAAGGAAGAGGAAAGAGAAGAACAACUUCUUAGAUAUGGUGAAGAUGAUGGGGUCAAGAAGAGUACUCCAGAGAAGAAUGGGAAAGAAAUGUCAGAACAGACAUUACAGAAGGUAAUUGAAUUGGAAAAUCGGCUAAAAUCUUUUGAGAAAAGCUCAAGAAAAUUAAAAGAAGGGAAUAAAAAAUUAAUGAAAGAAAAUGAUUUCCUGAAAUCCCUCUUAAAACAGCACCAAGAAGAUGCAGAAACGAGAGAAAAAGAGCUAGAACAGCUACGGAAAGGGAGUGGAGAAGUAGAAAAAGAGAAAACUGAACUUCAAGUGAAAAUCGGUGAGCUGGAGAGAGAAGUCACUUCCUUAAGGAGACAAGUGGCAGAAACUAAUGAGUUCAGAAAUGAAAAUGAAGAGGGGAUAAAUUCAACGGAAAAAUCGCAGCAUUCAGCAGACAAAGCUAACUCUGAGAUGGCCACAACUGAAGUGAGAUCCGGGCAGUACAGUUGUAAGACAACCACUACCAAGGUUAAAUUUAAAGCUGCCAAGAAAAAGUGCUCUGUGGGUCGCCACCACACUGUUCUCAAUCACUCCGUCAAGGUUAUGAGCAACGUGUUUGAGAACCUCAGUAAGGACGGCUGGGAGGAUGUGAGUGAAAGCAGUAGUGAUUCUGAAACACAUACCUCUCAAAAUUUGGGGACAAUUAUUGUAGAAACAUCUCAGAAAAUACGUCCUACAGAAGAAGGAAGAGACCAGAAACAAACUGAUCAAGCAGGAGACAACGAAACACAAGGAAAAGAAAUAAUACAAAUAUAUUCAAAUAUAAAUGGAAAGACGUCAAAGGAUUCUUUUCAUUACAAUGCCAAAAAACCGACUUUCCAAAAGAAGAAUAGUAAAAUGCAAAAGAGUUCACAUACGACAGUUCCUAACAGAGUUAACAGAGAAAAAUGGAAAAGUAAAACUGCCCAGAAAUCAUGUAGCAAUAUGAUUUUAUUACGAGAACGGAUUGUAUCUUUGCAACAACAAAACAGUAUACUUCAGAAUGCCAAAAAAACUGCUGACUUGUCGGUUAAAGAAUAUAAAGAAAUCAACGAAAAGCUCCUUCAUCAGCAGCAAAUAUCUGAUCAGAGAUUUCAGACAAGCCGGCAGACAAUAAAGAAGCUAAAUUUGGAUUUGGCUGAUCUUCGGAAAGAAAAAGAAGAUUUACUAAAGAAAUUAGAGUCCUCAUCUGAAGUCACAAGUUUGGCAGAAGAAGUUUCCCGGGUAAUAGCUCCACAGAUACAAGUUACCACAGUUGGUCCUUCAAGGAGCGUGGAUUUGGAAAUGAAGCAACUGCAGUGCAAACUGAAGAAUGCAACUAAUGAACUCACUAAACAGUCAUCAAAUGUGAAGUCUCUGAAAUUUGAACUUCUAGCAAAAGAGGAACACAUAAAGGAAAUGCAUGAAAAAAUGUCUCGAAUGGAGAGGGAUAUAACUAUGAAAAGACAUCUGAUAGAGGACUUGAAAUUUCGACAGAAAGUACACUUGGAAAGUAAUGAGAGUAUUAAUGAAAUGCUGGAAAACCUUGAAAAAAAGGUAAAGACGUUAACUGAAGAGUGUUCCAACAAGAAGGUAUCAAUUGACUCACUAAAGCAAAGACUUAGUGUCGCUGUAAAAGAGAAGUCACAGUAUGAACAGAUGUAUCACAAAACUAAAGAAGAGUUAGAGAAAAAGGAUCUCAAGCUUACUCUCCUAGUAUCGAAAGUCAAUGAGACUGAAUCUGCGAUGGCAGAAAUUGAAACGGCAGCAUCGAAGCAGCUUCAAGGAUUAGCAUUGCAAAGUGAGCAGGUCCUAGAAGGUGCACAGAAGAAACUGCUGUUAGCCAAUGAGAAAGUGGAAGAAUUUACCAUAUUUGUGAAGGCCCUGGUCAAAGAGUUACAAAAUGAUGUCCAGAUGAUAAGGCAACAAAUCAGAGAGCUUAAAAAAAUGCAGAAAAACAGGGUUUCUUCGAAAACCUCAACCCGUAAAGCCCAGACCUUGGCAGCUUCUAUCCUGAACAUUUCACGAUCAGAUCUAGAAGAAAUAUUGGAUACGGAAGAUGAAGCGGAAAUUGAAAGAGCAAAGACAGAUGCUGAAAAUGACAAGGAGUGGCUGUUAUACAUUCAGAAACUUCUUGAAGGACAGCUUCCUUUUGCCUCAUAUUUACUAGAAGCAGUACUGGAGAAAAUAAAUGGAAAAAAGAAACUAAUUGAAGAGUAUUUCACACUUAUGAAAGAUAUUAGAUGAUAUUACAAUGAAGUGUUUUCAAAUGUGAAAACUUUUUAUGUCGUGUGAUUGGAAAAACAUGCAUUGUAAUCCCGAUACAGUAUCUGCUCCAACUAUCAAUAGUCAGGUUCAAUACCAAAAUAAGAAGUCUCUGAAACUAAUUAAUUGCUGAACAAGUGAAACUAAUUAAGUGCACAGCCACUUAAAAGGAAAUAGUGUAGCAUUUGAUUGUUGAAUACAAAUAUUGCCACAAAUCAAUGCAAACUUAAAAAUGGUUUUCCUUCCAGUGCAUUAGAAGGAGCUAGAACAAGCUUGGCACACACGUAUUGGUCUGAGUCUAAAAAGAAAGAAGUGUCAACUGAGAAUUUAAUGUUUUAAGUUUCAUAAAGAAACUAAACUUUUUACAUAAAACUGCUAUAAUUUGCCUUAAAUGAUCGUACGAGCAACACAUUUGUAUGGAAGCAUACAUAAAAUGAAGCAUCAUAAUAAAACGAAUUGUGUGGUCCAAUUGUAUCUGUUCUCAUUGAUGUAGUGGAUUAUAUAGGAGAUGCUGUAUUUUCCUACAACUAUUUGACAAAAAUAAAAACAUUUUCUCUGUUUUUUUCAGUUUUCAGUACUUUGUGUGGUCAUGUAAAUUAGCAAGGGACCACAAACCCAGUAUGUAAAAUUAAGAUAGAACUAAAAGAACUACUGUGAUCAAUGAAUUAAAGUUAAAUUUUAUUAGUACAGGUAGUCCCCAGGUUACGAAUGUUCAACUUAUAUACAACCCAUAGUUAUGAACCACCCCUGUAAAGCCUAUUAUAGUAAAAAUUUGAGGUACAUACAAUGGUUUGUAAUAACAAAUAAGCAUUACUUUGCGAUGCACAUCCAAACAUUAUUAUGUUAAAGAUGUUUUAGUGUAUCUGGAAGUGUUUCUUUAAUGUUUUUUAUGCAUAAAAAGGUACACUAUGUACUAAGACAUUUGACUAACUGACCUUAGAUAUGAACCACACCUAACUGUUCCGACUUAUGUACAAAUUCAACUUAAAGACAGACUUAGGAAUGGAACUCAUUUAUAAUCCAGGGACUGACUGUAAUGUCACACUUGCUUAGAUUAUUGAACAUAGUGGUCCAUUGAGUUUCAUACCCCCCCCCCAUAAUGUUCCUGCCACAUCUGCCUUUUUUGGUCCCUCGAAAUUCACCAAACUUAUUUCUGCCUCCAGCUUUUGCCCUUUCUAGAAUUCUCUUUUUAGAAUACUCUGCACUCAACUUUUCUCAUGGCUGGCUGUUUCUCAUCAUUCAGGUUCAGCUUACACAUUCUCUCACAGACAUAUUUUCCUCACCAUCUUACUAUUUUAUUUUGUUUAUAAAAUGAAAUUAAAUAGCUUAUUUUUCUGUUCACUUAUUUGUUUACUUGUUUAUUGUCUCCUUUUCCUCCCCACCCUUUAAAAAAAAGUAUCUAGGUCUAAGUAAAUCAGAAAAACCAAAUCCAUUUCCAUCAAGUAGACUCUGACUCAUACGCACCUGUUUUGUGUAUGCCCCAUAGCUAAGAAUAGUUUUUAAAUUACUAAAUGUUUGAAAACAUUCAAAAGAAGAAUAAUAUGUUGUGACGUG